AUGUCUGAAGAGGUUGGUAGGGACCUGGGUAACAGCUUGGGGAAAUAUAUUGAGUCAGAUAAGAGAUCUUGGCUUUCAAAACAAGUCAAAUACAUGAGAAUACGCGUGGAUUUACCCAUCAACAAGCCGCUGCUGAGGGGCGCUCUCAAGCAGUACGGUGACUGGUUAAGAGCUAAUGGAGGUUCUAAGAGUGGGCUUGAAAAAGUUAUAAAGGUGGGUAGUGAUGGAUUCGAGGUGCGGAAAAAUGAUAGUUCAGUUGCUCGGCAAACUCCGGUGACCUCCAACUCGGCAGAUAUGGAGGCGGAGCAGGUGGGUCCAUCAACUCUACAAAGCCACACGAAUUUCGAGAAUUUGAAUUUGAACUCAGGACAAGAUGGCACAUCAGAUAUGCAACCUGCAGAAAAUCUGGAGUUACGUGAUAAGGGAAUUGGGAACCCCCGGACAGUUCAUGCGCUUGGCGAUUAUGUCAGGCGUUGGAAUCCCAAACUAGUCUUCCUUUCGGAGACUAAAUUAAAAAUUAGACGUAUGGAGAAGGUGAAAUUCAGACUGGGUUUUCUGAAUGGGUUAAUUGUUCCUAGCAGGGGUCGUAGUGGGGGCCUUGCUCUGCUCUGCUCUAGCGAUACUAAUUUAGAAAUCAAGAGCUUUUCAAACCACCAUAUUGAUGCAAUAAUCACUGAGUCGGGAAAUGGUCUCUCAUGGAGAUUUACUGGGUUCUACGGGUACCUAGAAACCCACCUCAGGGAAGAAUCUUGGAAACUACUUUCUUUUCUCUGUAAUCAAUUUAAUUUACCUUGGUUUUGUUGUGAUGAUUUUAAUGAAAUUCCCUCCAUGAAUGAAAAAACAGGGGGAGCACAACGUUCACAAAGCCAGAUGGAUAGCUUCCGUCGUGUUGUUAAUUUUUGCAGCUUCAAAGACUUGGGUUACUGUGGUCCGGAGUUCACCUGGUGUAAUAUGAAAGAGGGGUCGGACAGAAUAUCUCUCCGUUUGGAUAGAGCCUUUGCUACCUCAGAUUGGCUUGAAUAUUUCAAGAGUCCUAAAGUUCAUCAUUUGGUUGAGUCUACAUCUGAUCAUUGCAUCCUCACUAUUACUGACUCUCCCCCUCUAGCCCGUAAAAGUAAGCGUCGUUUUCAUUUUGAAGCCAUGUGGGUCAAAAGGGAAGAUUGUCAUGAAGUCAUUAAAGUUGCCUGGGACUCUGGUGCCUUGUAUGUCACGCAUGAGGGGGUAGCAUCCAAUCUUAAAAGAUGUGUAGAUGCCCUUACUAUCUGGAAUCAGAAUGUUGUGGGAAAUAUUUCAAAGCAAAUUCAAGAGAAAAGGAAGGCUCUCAACUCCCGUACUAUGAAUGACCAGCAUGGUUCCCGAGGGACAGACAUUAACCAUCUUAGAAAGGAGAUUAAUGAUCUCCUGGACAGCGGGGAAACCAUAUGGCUGCAACGCAGUAAGGUUCAUUGGUAUAAGGAAGGGGACCAGAACACAAAAAUUUUUCAUGCUCGAGCGUCGGAAAGGAGGAGGAAGAAUACUAUAUUGGGGCUAUGGAAUGAUAAUGGUGAAUGGUGUGAGAGUAAGGAAAGUAUCACAACCGUUGCAAUAUCCUAUUUUGAGAACAUAUAUUCCACCUCCUUCCCCACAAGUAUUGAUGAGAUCACUAAUGCUGUUCCUAGACGUGUCACAGAGGAGAUGAACGCCGAGCUCACUAAGGUUUUCACAAGAGACGAAGUCACUAAAGCACUUCAACAGCUCCAUCCCACCAAGGCACCUGGUCCCGAUGUGAUCAUAAAUGGUGAGGCUCAAGAAAACAUCAUCCCUUCAAGGGGUAUUAGGCAGGGAGACCCCCUUUCUCCUUGCUUAUUUCUCCUCUGUGUUGAAGAGGUUGCCCAAGAAUUACUCAUCUCUUCUUCGCUGAUGACAAUCUCCUUUUUUGCAAAGCAAUGGAUCAAGAAUGCCAAAAUCUUGUCAAUAUUCUCAAUAACUAUGAAGUGGCUUCAGGUGUUCGCUGAAAUUAAGGACCGGGUUGCCAAAAAACUAGCUGGUUGGAAAGGAAAACUCCUUUCAAUUGGUGGGAGGGAGAUUCUCAUCAAAGCAGUUGCCCAAGCAGUGCCCACAUACACUAUGAGCUGCUUCCAACUUCCUAAGACACUAUGUAAGGACUUGGAGAACAUGAUGUGA